ACUCUUCUCCCACGUGUUGGCCAGGGUAAAACCACUUGGUGAGCACUUGUUGGAUUACUUUUAUUGAUCCUCGAACACAUUUUAAUAUAACCGUAAAAUUACUGCAUAGGUUUUAAAGAAAUAAUUGGGAAUGUUUUAUAUUUAAGGCAUUACUGAGAUAAUUUUUAAAAUAGAUGUAUAAUUUGUACGUAGAUCGCGAGUGCGUUGUGUUAAGUGCGCAUGACGUAGUGGGAAGAGAGGGUGAGUGAGGUGGUUGGGGGGGGGGGAAAGAAAGUGGGGGGGGGUUGUAAUGCUGUUUACCGUUCCAGUCGUGGCAGUGAGUUGAGGCUACGAGAGUUCGGUUCGUUCCUUCUGUGGAGAGUUUCUAAGAGGCUAAACGAAACAAUUCCGUUGUAUAAUUUGUACGUAGAUCGCGAGUGCGUUGUGUUAAGUGCGCAUGACGUAGUGGGAAGAGAGGGUGAGUGAGGUGGUUGGGGGGGGGGGGAAAGAAAGUGUGGGUGGGUUGUAAUGCUGUUUACCGUUCCAGUCGUGGCAGUGAGUUUAGGCUACGAGAGUUCGGUUCGUUCCUUCUGUGGAGAGUUUCUAAGAGGCUAAACGAAACAAUUCCGUGUUCUAGGAUUCUUCGCAUUUCAACUUUGGUCACAUGAAUUAUUGACCCACCAAGACUGGCCCUCUGUGGGUAUGUAUUAAACUAGAUGGCUAACUGUAAUGCCGUGGUAUAGUUGUGCCAGAUGUAACUCUGCAAUAGAGCUUUAUAAUAUAAAUAAUACAUAAGUUAUAAGUUAGCCUACUUAAAACGACUUUACUUAUUUACAUUUUAAUCAGCAGGUUCAAACUUUUGACAACACGCUCUCAUACACAUCCUUGAAUGUAUUAUAUACUGUAGUAACAUAUAGCACUCAGUCACAGCUUGUAAACACCUUGAACACAUUUCAAAUUGUAUUUAAAGGGACUUAUUAAUCGAUAUUCACCACUAUCAGAUAUCAUAUGGUAAUAUCAAGAUUAAUAAAGAUAUAAGUGCUGUGUAGGGUGGGAUAUAGUUCUGAUAAAGAUGUUACAGGUGAAAUAGUUCUUUUAAUUUUUUUAUAUAUAUUUUUUUUUGGUAGUGAAUGACACGAAAAUGUUAGCGGCUUAACCCCAGCCAAAUAUUCUGCCAUCUCACUCCACACUCUCUCUCGCCUCACCCCCCCCUGCUCUCUCUCACACCCCUACCAUCCACAGCCCAGUGUUGUAUCAACUCACGCCCUUUCAAAGCUAGAAAGUCAACAAAAUUAUAGUCACAAUCAAAAAGACUAUAGGUCAAUGUUCCCUGUAAGGUUUGUUGGUUCGUGUGCAAAAUCAUACAUUUGUGUGCAAAGUUUUACAGCAUCAAUUUUUUUUUGUGCAAAAUUUUACAGCCCUUAACACAAACACACACUUAUAUGGAAAUUUGCUGCGCGGGACCUCAAAACUGCUGCGCGGCGUCUGUGAAAUAGCUGCGCGGCCGCGCAGCUUAAAGGGAACAUUGCUAUAGGCCUAUGUUUUAUUUACAUUUUGUGGGGGAGAAUUUGAAGCGUUUGUAAAAGUCGUGAACAGCGUUAAACUUGAUAUAGAUACUCCUAGUAAACCAAGUAUUGUUGAUCGUCCUUCGCACGCGAAGAUGACCAAGGCAAUUUUCGAAUUGAGUAGCAGUAAAUUGUUUAAAUUGAGGGAGAGUUGCUCAAUUCGUCAGACUCACUCAAUCGUCCUUGGCUAUUUGUUAUAAUGGCAAGACUUAGUCAAAAUGAUUGGAAAUAGACCAGAAUGCCGUAGAUGACCAGCAGCGUGUCUUAUGUGUGUAUCACCGUGCUCUUUAGCGUAUGCUCUCUAGGUCGCAGGAGUUGUCGGAUUUUUCAUUGUGUCAAUUCAUACCGCCUACGGGACUCCAUCUCCGGUUUUGAUGUCAGUGUUUGCCUUCUCUUAGACGAUGAUUGCCAUCCAGUACACCGGAUGUUUUUGCUCGUCUAGGCGUUUUCUGGGGAUUGAACUGCAGUAGGACAGCUUGGGGUUGACUCAGUUUUACACCGCUCGGUCACCUGGUAACGCCAAAUAAUAUAGUUCUGGCAUGCUACACAAGCUCACUCCGAGUUGCGUUAUCAGAAUACUCCACAAAACAACGCAAGCUGUCUUAAAAAGGACGGAAGAGAUUAGAGCAGAGGCGUGGCUAUGGACUAUGGUUAGUGCCGCUCGAGGCAGGCCAAGAUUUGUUCCCGCCUUCUUCUACGAAAAAAAAAAUCCCGUGUUUUUUUGUUGACAGCACUACGGAGAGUUCUAACAUUAUUUAUAUUUUGUUUUACGUUUUAAAUACCCCAGUCAACGUUCCAAUAUCACAGCGUUAACUUGCCCAUUUCACAGCGUUAACUUUCCAAUAUCACAAUGUUAACUUUCAUCUGGAAUAAUUGACAGAUUUUCGAAGGUUGCCGGGAAUCCAUCGACAGCUGUAAGGUCAGAAAAAUGUCUUUCAUAGUUUGUUGGAUGAGUCAGUUAUAACGGAGUUAUUUUUAGACCCUAACCAUUCUAUUUUGAGUCGAUCUUCUGAUGUUUGGAAAUUUUUAACUAUUUAAACGCUCUUCCAAUAAAAAAAAAUUAAAAAGUAUUGAAACAAAGAUAUUGUACCGGACGUGACGUAUAGCACUCCUCCUUGCACGCCUGCAUCCAGGAGCGUCAUUUCAGGGUUUUUUUUUUUUAUAAAAAAGGUGGGGGGGGGGCAAAAAUCAAAACUUGGUCGGCUUGAUACGUUGUUUAUUACUGGAGGCACCACAGUACAUAACAGUUUAAAUAAAACCUGAAAAUUCAGGGAGGCGGAGGGGAAAUGCCUCACCCUGCCCUACCAAAAUGACGCCCCUGCCCGCAUCACCGAUAAAUGUCGCCACGUCGUGAAAAUGUUAAAAGUAAUCUGUUGAAACUCGACUUUCCCAUGGAUCUAGUUUCCCGUUUCCGUCCUCAAGUAUCGUCUUGAAGAAAUGAACCAUGAAAUCGCGCGCCCUUGUUUCGAGGCGGUUAAGAAAGUAGAUCAUCGAAAUUGCCACCCGGAUGUAACUCUAACGAGCAAGUAUGACAACUCGAGGAAAAGUUGCGACCAAUGUGUCGCCCACAGCCCCAACGGAAACCAACGCUCUUCAUUCUGCAACAACAUUUUCUAAUGGUUGCUUAUGAUUAGCCCCCCCUUUUCCCCAAUUGUUUUAUAUAGAAGGCUCAAGGCCCGGCCCCCCCCCCCCUUUUAUCCAAAAAGUGUCAACAUUUGCCUUUUUAAAGAUUUAUCAGAUUUCAAUGAGCCCAUCGUUUAUUUGGGAAUUCAUUUCUUUUGCUGCCAUCGGAUUUUCCCGUUGAGGUGUGCACCAAAUCUGUUUUUUUACCACAUAGUCAUAUAAAAUUAUAGCACAAAGGAGAUAACUUAUGUUAAACAGAGAGUUCGGUUAAACGCACAUCUUUUACAAAGCUGCCAAGGCCCCACAGACAGCAAUACAUAUUAGUCGCGUUAUCACAGUAAUGAAUUACGCAAACUAUGCAAAUAUAUAUAUUAUAUACUAGUUAUAACUCGCCAACAUACAUAUAUAUUCAUAUAUAUUUAUGAAACUAGAUAUAGCCCGCCAAACAUUGGCGACAGCAAUGUUUGAACUUCUCAUCUACUAAAGCUACUUGACAAAAGAUGAACUCAAGUAAAACACUUUUAAGAAUCCCAAUUUUUGCUACACCCCUUCCCCCCAUGAUACGUCACUGCACACUUUUUAUUUCACGCCUAUGAAGAAUAUUAAAUAUUCUGAUGUCCCAACCAGUUUUAAACCGAAUAUUUAUCACACCAUGUUUUAAUUGAGACGAUUUCAUUUGCCGAAAAGAAAAGAUUACGCACCAGGCGCACACUUGUGUUAUUUAAAAAAAAAAUAAAAUAAUUUUGCAGCAGUAUCGGGAAUUACAUUGUGUGCGCUAUCCGGAAAUGGAAUCAGUCACACCACAAGCAAAAUAAAGAUAAGAUAACUUCAGAUAAGAUAUAAUAUAAUUUAAGAGACAUUGUUAAAUUGUUGAAUAUUUAUCAAAUUCGAUCAUGCUUGAGUAGUCCUUGACAUAGUUUUAGAGAGCUCUUGAAAGUAAUCGACCUAUAGUUUUAGAGAGCUCUUGAAAGUAAUCGACCUUGGCCUGACAUUGCCGGUGACAUCAGGUGAAUACGGCGUUUUUUGUUUGUUUGUUUGCACGAACACAGUAAAAAAACAUCUUAGAAAUUGACCUGGAGACGCACGACUCAUUAAUCUGCUGGCAUUUGCAUGGUCCCAAGAAGAUGCACAAAAUGUGAACAUUGACGAAGUUACUGAAGAUUUUUAUCGUUGGAUACAAAGACGAUAUCCUUUGUUUGAUUUUUUUUUAGCAAACCGUCGUAGUACAUUUAGUAUGCUAUAUUUACAAAACUAGAGUUUGAAUACAAUUUUAACAUCGAUUGCAAGUUGCACUGUACAAAAUCAAAAUAAAUAUACCAGAACCUAAUUUCGAAUAAUUUCAAUCCAAUUUAGUGACAAAUUGUCGCUGACAAUACAUUACAUGCGGACAUGUUGCAGAACUGGCUUGGAAAUGCAGACGACACAACUCAACAAGGCGGCCAAAUUUUGGUUUUGGCCCCAUGAUUAUAUUUUUUUGAUAAUUAUGUGACGCUGUUCGAGUUUUUGAGAGCUCAAUGGAGUUGUGUCGCAAAAAUUGACGUCACUCGACACUUCUUUCAUGCCUACAAGCAAAGCAUUAGAUUAUCUUUUUUUACGAGUAUUUUAAUUUAAAAAAAAAUUAAUAAUUCAAUUAUGAUUUACCAGCGCCUUCUCUGAGGGCCCAACCGCCAACUAAAAUCUCCAGAGCAUUUCAGCGUCCCUGGGUCAUCCUAAUAUCGCCACCCGCCUCCAAAUGAAAACAGGUGCUAAUUUCGCUUCAUGGUUUUUUCAAGUAUUGGGCGUGACGUAUCGCCUAUAAAACAAUCUCACAAUCUCACUCCCAGCUACAAUUUCUUCAGAUAACUGUGAAGUAUUUUGAGACCGUGUGCGAUGGACACGAUGAUGGGUGAGCCGGGCUACAUGUUCUGGUCAAGUAUGGGGGAUGUUCUGUUCUUCAAUACGCUUGGGGCGGUCCUGUGUCUGUACGCCCUGCACGUGGAGCUCAGGAAGGAGAAGGACCCCAGUUACAAGGCACUGUGUGACAUCGGUGAUAACAUGAGCUGCUCCAGAGUGCUGACAUCAGAGUGAGUCAGCACGCUUUGAAACAUCUUUUCUUUUACCCAGUUCUUAUACAAUCUAGUUAUCUUUUUAAUAAAAAACAUCGGAGUGUUUCUUAAACUUUUGGAAUGUGGGUCCACUAAAAUAAUGACAAUAAUUGAUGUAACACAAAAUACAUAUUUUGUAUUGUUUUAGAAAUAUGGGCCUGAAUCAUACUGAAUGUAUUAGUUUUUCUGUUGACUACUUGGAUAGUUUCAGCCAUCUUAAAUGCCUAGUGGCAUCACAUAGGAGACUUGACCAACCCAUCUUAAAUGCCUAGUGUCAGCACAUAGGGGACUUGACCAAACCAUCUUAAAUGCUUAGUGGCAGCACAUAAGGGGACUUGACCAACCCAUCUUAAAUGCCUAGUGCCAGCACAUAGGGGAUUUGACCAACCCAUCUUAAAUGCUUAGUGGCAGCACAUAGGGGACUUGACCAACCCAUCUUAAAUGCCUAGUGGCAGCACAUAGGGGACUUGACCAACCCAUCUUAAAUGCCUAGUGGCAGCACAUAGGGGACUUGACUAACCCAUCUUAAAUGCCUAGUGGCAGCACAUAGGGGACUUGACCAACCCAUCUUAAAUGCCUAGGGGAAGCACAUAGAGGACUUGACCAACCCAUCUUAAAUGUCUAGUGGCAGCACAUAGGGGACUUGACCAACCCAUCUUAAAUGCCUAUAGGCAACACAUAUCAUAGGGGACUUGACCAACCCAUCUUAAAUGCCUAGUGGCAGCACAUAGGGGACUUGACCAACCCAUCUUAAAUGCCUAGUGGCAGCACAUAGGGGACUUGACCAACCCAUCUUAAAUGCCUAGGGGAAGCACAUAGAGGACUUGACCAACCCAUCUUAAAUGUUUAGUGGCAGCACAUAGGGGACUUGACCAACCCAUCUUAAAUGCCUAGUGGCAGCACAUAGGGGACUUGACCAACCCAUCUUAAAUGCCUAGUGGCAGCACAUAGGGGACUUGACCAACCCAUCUUAAAUGCCUAGGGGCAGCACAUAGGGGACUUGACCAACCCAUCUUAAAUGCCUAGUGGCAGCACAUAGGGGACUUGACCAUCCCAUCUUAAAUGGCUAGGGGCAGCACAUAGGGGACUUGACCAAUCCAUCUAUCCUUUGUUAUGUACACAUUUUUAUUUUUUCUAGGUACAGCCAAGGUUUUGGUGUCAUGCAUGUUUUUUUUGGAAAAAAUCACAUUCUCAACUCUAGGAACUGUAACAUGGGCCUUGUGGUUUACAUAGUCAACAUAUUGAUGUGUAAGUAAUGGCACUAUUGUAUACCAGCAGUAACAUCACCAUUAUAUACCUGUAUUAACAUUAGUAUCAGAUACAUGCAGUCAAAUCACUAUUAAAAAAGUGCGGGAACCUCAUUUUAUAACCUGCAGUAACAUCAAAAUUAUAUACCUAAACCAACAUCACUAUUAUAUAACUAUACCAACAUCACUAUUUAAUACCUAUACCAUCACUAUUAUAUACCUAAACCAACAUCACUAUUAUAUAACUAUACCAACAUCACUAUUUAAUACCUAUACAAUCACUAUUGUAUACCUAUACCAACAUCACUGUAAUAUCCCUAUACCAACAUCACUAUUAUAUACCUAUACCAAAAUCACUAUCAUCAUUAUAUACAAAAAAAAUAUGUAUUAUCCUCACUAUUAUAUAUCUGCAGUAAUAUUAUUAUCAAAUAACUGCAGAAACAUCACUAUUAUAUACCUGCAGUAACAAUAAUUGCUACGUGCCAGGGGCAACAUCAACAUUAUUAUAAAACUGGAAUCACUUCACUAUUGUUACCUACCUACAGUUAUAUAUUAAUAUAUUACCAGCUGAUAUGUCCACCUAUGCCCGCGAUUACACUGAUUUAAAUUUAACUGCUCUCACAGUUACACACAUAUAUUAUUCAUUUAUUUAUAUAUUGCAACUAUCUGUUUUGUCAUGUGCCUCAAAAUGUUUUACCAGAGUUAAACCCCCCCCAAAAUAAGAGUACAGAAUCAAUAAUGAUGAAUGAUUGUUACAAAUAUUUGAUCAGGCUAUUCCUUAAAUCUUAAAAAUAAUAGAACUAUGGAAGCAUUGCAAUUUCCCUUGAACAAAAGAAAAUUGUACAAUAAAAAGUAUAUAAUCUUAGAUACCGGUAUAUAAUAAAAGUAUUACAUAACAAUAGGGUGUAACGUUAUAUUUUUUUUAGUAUUAUCAGGCGUAUGUGCUUUGUUUGCUGCUCUAUAUGGCAGUAAAGUGUGGAACACAUAUGUCAAUCAUGGGCUGAAACUCAACAGCUUCUGUCAAAGAUGUCUCUGUUGCAUUUUGCGCAUAUGAUGGCAGGACAAGGUGCCAUAGAGGUCUUGGAAUGUGCCAAAAUGUGUGGCAUCUUCUACGCUCUUAGCAAGAGGCACCUUUGCUGGUUAUGCUAUGUAAGGAGAAUUGAGGAAAGUCGUAUUCCAAAGGAUCUGCUGUAUAAAGAGUUGGCAGAAGAGGCAAGACUAAUUGGAUGGUAUCGGCUGUGAUUUAAAGAUGUUUGCGAAAGGAACAUGAUGGAAGCCAACAUAGAAAUCAAUAAAUGGGAGAUCAUGCUGAGCACUGUUCCUGCUGACAAACAGCAGAGUAUGAAAGAGUCAAACAAGCAGAAGAUAUGCGGGAAAAAGAAGCCUUUGCAACAAAAACAGCAUUAUGGAACAGCCAACUUUAACAAAAACAGCAUUAUGGAACAGCCAACUUUAACAAAAACAGCAUUAUGGAACAGCCAACUUUAACAAAAACAGCAUUAUGGAACAGCCAACUUUAACAAAAACAGCAUUAUGGAACAGCCAACUUUAACAAAAACAGCAUUAUGGAAAAGCCAACUUUAACAAAAACAGCAUUAUGGAACAGCCAACUUUAACAAAAACAGCAUUAUGGAAAUCCAACUUUAAUCAGGAGUCAAGGUUCUCCUGCGAGAAAUGCAGCCGAGACUGCCAUUCCAGUAAAUCCCUCGUAAGCCAUUUAAUGAAGUGUCAACAGCUAAUCCGUUAUCUCAUGAAGGUGGAAUGAUGCCAUAUAAAAACAUACGUUUGGCAGCAAACGAGUUUGUAAACUCGCAAAAAGCUUUGUUCAGCUCUGUAUAAAACAAUUAACAAAGCAUCAAUUAUUUGAAUAGACUGUAUUUUAAGUUUUUACUAACAGUUCAUAAGAUGAUUUAAGCCCUAUGAGGCAUAAAUUGCUUUGAUGGAACAUAAUAUAUGUUUUGAAAAAAAGAUAGGGCAUCUAAAACUCAAUGAAACCUCUGGUGAAAGAUAGUGCAUUGAAACUUCCAAUAAAUUAGUAGAGGAGAUUCAAGUAUAGCUACCAAGGAUUCAUCUGAAGUCCUUUCUUCAAAAUGUACCUUUAUUUUUGCAGACGUCAGUUGUGAAAGUUAAUGAAAGUGAAUAUUUGUGUCGGUAAUAACCUUCAUUUUUCUACUGAUUUUAUGUUGAGGAGAGACACAAUAAAACACUUUAGAUUUAACCAAUAAAAAAAGAGUGAUUAUUCCAAAAAUGGGACACGAGAGCCAGAGAGGUUAAUUUGUCCUUUUCCAUGACAACAACUCCCAUUUGUUUCCCCGUCUGAAGUUUUAAAGCUAUUCGAAGGAUGAAACGUUUAAGCCCGAGUCUAAAAAAAUAAACAAUAUAAAUAACAAUCUCUUUCCGUCCCCAGGUCUUGCUCUGCCCACACCCCUCGCAGCCAGCAUCAUGUACUACAGCUCUAUAGUCAAUGUGUUGGGCUGUGUGUACUUGGCAGUCAUACUCUUCUUUGUGCUGAAGGAUGUCUGUUUGGUAUGCUUGUCAAUGUACGCUAUAAAUGGAAGUCUUCUGUAUCUAACAUACAACAUGCAUACAUUCUAUCACUGAAAACAUUUUUUCGCUACUUGUGUAUGGUUAUCUGUUUACUAAAGGCAUUUGAUGGAAAAGUUUUUUGGCCCCCAAGAACAUUGUUCCAAAGAGGAUUAACGUGUUCCAAAGAGGAAUAACUUGUUCCAAAGGGGAAUAACUUGUUCCAAACUGUUCUUCCAUAAUUCCAGGUUUUCAUUUUAAUAUCUUACUGUGUCAUGCAUUUAUGUAUGUUAAAGGCCUCCACAUGUGUUUGCUAGAACAUAAAAUUAUAAAUAACUUUUUUAUUUGGACAAUUGCCAGCCCAAUUAUAACUGUGACGGUUUUCUUAAGAUAAUAUUUAUAUUUUGAUGAUGGGAGAUUCUAUCAAUUUACUUGAUGAAACAAACAUUUCUAACAGAGAGACUGAGAGUGAAUCCUUAAGAUAAUAUUGAUAUUUUGAUGUUGGCCGAUUGUAUCGAUUUACUUGAAAACAAAAAUUCUAACUGUGAGAGAUUUCUUAGAUAAUAUUUAUAUUUUGAUGAUGGGCAGAUUAUAUCAAUUUACUUGAUGAAAUACAAUUACUGGUAACCCUCCAACUUGCUUUAAAAAAAACAAACACUUGUUAUUGUGUAGGAAAAUAGGUUAAGUCUAUACUGCUUAACAUAAGCAAGUUUCUUGUAUGAAAUGUUUUGUAGGAUACAAAUAAAAUAUUUGUAAACAUAAAUCAUAUUUGAUUUAAUAAUUAUUGUUAGCUGUGUUAAAGUUUUAUAUUAAAACUGCUGAAGAAGCCUGGCAUUUAUUUUGAAAUUUUAAGUAGAAAAUUGCUUGUUUAGUCUUAGCGACCAUUCAUAAGAGAAGAAUAUUGUGGAACCCUUCUGAGGUUACCCUCAAGUUAUUUAAACUUCGAGAUAUCUUAUUACAAAUAUGCACUGGGGUGGUGGGGGCAGGGGGUGGUGAUAAUUUGCAGGAGAACGCUGAAAAAAAUUGGUGUGCUGACGUGAUCUUUGUGUUUUAAAGAUUUUGUUCCAUUUUUUUUUUCUAUUUUAAAAGAAGUAUUUUAAAUUGAACAGAAGAAACAGCAAAUCACUAACCAGUGCAACCAUAGUAUGUGCCACAGGUUAUCUGAUGACAUUGUAAAAUUCUACAUAACUCUGUGCAAAUUGUAAGAUCCAGGUCCUUGAAUUCAAGAAAAUGCUUCAGUUUAUAGACAACUACUGAUUUUGAAUAGUUUCAACAUGACUUUAUAGCACUGUUUGCUGUGCUCAUUAAACAAUUGUGUUUCUGAUAAUUUUUGUAAUUUAUUCUGUAUGAUGCAUUAUAACUCUAAUUUAAUGUUUUAUGGAUUUAUAUUUUUAAGAAACCUGAAGAAAUAAAAAUGAAAGUUUGACAUAGAAUGUUUGUACAUUUUAAUUAAAUUUCAGUAUUAUUUUAC